AUGGCACCAAAAAGAAAAUACCAGAAAAAAGCCUCCGCCACCGCCACCGCCUCCGCCAAGAUAUCCAAGGGAAAAGAGAUCAUCAUCAAGAACAAGAAACCCGAGGAGGAGAAGGAGGGCACCGCUGACCGUCGUGAUUGGCUGAGGCUCCCUGAUGCCCUUCUGAUCACAAUCAUCAACCUCCUCAUCUCGAUCCCCGACUUUAUCUCAAUCUCCUCAGUCUGCACUGACCUCAAACACCUCGCCUUUUCCUCAUUCCUCAAAAAUUCUAUCACCUCCUUUCCUCCUCUCCUCCUCAGCCCAAUCCUUCGCCCUCCUCCCAACAAAGGCAGAGAACAAAGAUCCCUAUGGACAUAUCCCGCUCGUUGCAUUCUUCAGGAAAUAAGCGGCGGCACCAAAUUCUACAGAUCAAAGCUACGGAGAAAGACAGUGUGGAAAACUUGUAUUGGCUACUCUUUUGGUCAUCUGAUCUUUAUUCAGGAUGGGAGGAUUACCCUUUCUAAUGUAUUCACUGGCUCUGAGAUCGUCGCCCCUCAGCUUCCAGAAAAAUACAUGUAUGAACUAUUCUCCAUCUCUAUUCUCUCUGCUCCGGUUACUUCUUCGUCGUCUGUGCUUGUUUUGGUUACUCUUGCUCACACCCUUGUUUGGGGACUGAGAAAAUCUUAUUGGGUCGCAGAGGGGUAUCUCCGAUAUUAUCGAGAAAUCAUGUGUUUAGGCCUUUUCCGAGGACAAAUUUUCUGUCUGGCCAAGAACUUUAACCUAAAAAUUGUUAGUUUUGAGUCACACACUACUUGGACAACCCUGGAAGUGAAAAUGCCUAGUCGGCCUGACAUUCUGACGGGUAAAUUUGGAAGGUAUCUUGUUGAGUGUGGAGGUAGUCUCAUUUUAGUCCUAUUUGCUAUAAGAGACUGGCCUGUAAUUGGGAUUGACCUUUAUCGGUUGGAUUUUCCGAACCGAUUGUGGGUGAAGAUAGAUACCUUGGGGGAUGCGUGUUUGUUUGUCGAUGCAGUUGGGAAUGUCCCAAUUGUGUGCCAAAAUCCGUCGCGCUGGGGAGGAAAAAGCAACCGUGCCUAUAUUAUAGGGCCUGGAUGUGAAAAUUGGACGGAGUUUCAGUUCGGCAAGGAUAUUAUUGCUAGUACCGAACAAUCUGCUUUAAAGUUGGCUCAUGCUGAAUUACCUAGGUGGCCUUCUCCUGUUUGGGUUUACCCAAGUAUGCUUUGUUAG